GGGGGCAGGUGCUGGUUUGAGGUACAUAAGGCCCAUUGGAUACCCUCUGUUUUUCCAAUGAGCGUUCUGGGUCUCCCUCACUGAAUUACACGAAUCAGCUUCAGCUGCAGCUAUGGCACCCAAAAAGGCCAAGAAGAGAGCAGCAGAAGGAGCCAACUCCAACGUCUUCUCCAUGUUUGAGCAGGCCCAGAUACAGGAAUUCAAAGAAGCUUUCACCAUCAUGGACCAGAACAGAGAUGGAUUCAUUGACAAGAAUGACCUGAGGGACACCUUUGCAGCUCUGGGCCGUCUGAAUGUAAAGCAGGAGGAGAUUGACGAGAUGCUGAAGGAAGCUCCUGGACCUAUUAACUUCACCGUUUUUUUGACCAUGUUUGGUGAGAAGCUAAAAGGCGCUGACCCUGAGGAAACCAUCCUCAAUGCCUUCAAGGUGUUCGACCCCGAGGGCAAAGGAAUCCUGAGGAAGGAUUACGUCACUGAGAUGCUGACCACCCAGGCAGACCGAUUCACAGCAGAAGAAAUGGAACAGAUGUUCACAGCCUUCCCCCCAGAUGUGUCCGGCAACUUGGACUACAAGAAUCUGGUCCAUAUCAUCACACAUGGGGAGGAGAAGGAUCAGGAGUAACUCGAAGCCUCUGUACUGUCAGGCUCCACCCACUGGAGUCUGACUCCGCCCACCAAUCAGCAGUUCCCGCCCCCAAUCUUAACAGCUCCACCUUCUGCCGCGUCCACGGCUUCAUGCAACAGCCAGUUCCAAAUGGACAAUGUCCUGACAUGCGAGACGUCUCUGCCUCUGGCAUUUGCUGUUACAUUUACUCGGUGGAACGGCGAAUGUAACAUGACACGGUCACGCCCUGUUGUUCGAAGUGCACACUUCCACAAUAAAUCAUCUCGGCGCUUUUUAAUGUCCAGAAA